AAAGGCGUUGGUGGUACGAGGAUGCGUUGCACUCCGGCAGCAUCAGUACCAGCUGCUCCGCGCUAAAUAAAGCGACAAAGCGGGGGGACGGAGGAGACGAACCGGCGGAGGGAGCACCGGAGCGGAGACAUGGGGGACCAGAAGGAAUCUCUUCGUAAAAUCACCCACACGCUGGCCAUGAAGAACGAGGAGAUCUCCAACUUCGUCUGCACUCUCAAGCAGAACCUGGACAACUUAGAGGCGAACUCUAACAGAGUUCAGGAGGACAUGGAGUCUGAGUUCACCUCCCUCCACGCCGUCCUGGACGAGAUGAAGGAGAGCAUGGUGACGCGGAUCAAACAGGAGAAAGCCAGCCGCACCUACGAGCUGCAGAGUCAGCUGAGCGCCUGUUCCAAAGCCCUGGAGAGUUCAGAGGAGCUGCUGGAGCUGGCCAAUCAGACGCUGUGCUCCUCGGAGACGGAUGGUUUCACUCAGGCGGCCAAAGACAUUAAGGAUAGUGUGACGAUGGCUCCAGCCUUUCGCCUCUCCCUGAAGGCUAAAGCCAGCGACAACAUGAGUCACCUGAUGGUGGACUUCAGCCAGGAGAGGGGGAUGUUACAAGGCCUCAAGUUUCUCCCAGUUCCAGCAACUCCAGAGAUCCAGGUCUCAGAGUGCCAGGUGCUCGACAACACAGUGUCUGUCGUCUGGACCCUACCGGAGCUGGACAGCAAGAUAGACCACUACAUUCUGGAGCACCGACGCACAAACCACGAGGGUCCGCCGCGCAUCCGAGAGGACUACCCGUGGAUGGUGGUGGAGGGAAUCCGAGAGCUGGAGCACACGCUCACAGGUCUGCGCUUUGACACCCGGUACUUGACGUUCCGAGUGAGAGCGUGUAACAAGGCGGUGGCGGGAGAAUUCUCUGAGCCGGUUACACUAGAAACACAUGCCUUCAACUUCAAGCUGGACUCGGCUUCGGCCCACCAGAACCUGAAGGUGGAGGAUUUGAGCGUGGAGUGGGACAGCUGCGGGGGAAAGAUACAAGACAUCCGCAAGGAGAAGAACCGAACCAGCUCCCCAAUGCACUCUCCAGCCAGGUCAGCUCUGAUGUCACCAAAGAGAGCGCCGACAGCCCGGCCCGGCAGAGACCGGUUCACAGCGGAGUCGUACACAGUGCUGGCUGACACGGUGAUCGACGCGGGCCAGCAGUACUGGGAGGUGCGCUUCGACAAGGAGAGCAAAGCCUUCGCGGUGGGCAUCGCCCUGAGGAGCCUCGGACGAUUUGACCAGCUGGGGAAGAGCGGAGCCUCCUGGUGCAUCCAUCUGAACAACUGGCUGCAGCAGAGCCUCACCGCUAAGCACAACAACAAGGCCCGCACGCUGGACUGUCCCAUCCCCAACAGUAUAGGAGUCUACGUCAACUAUGACGAAGGUGUUCUGUCUUUCUACAACGCCAAAACCAAACAGCUCAUGCACACGUUCAAAACCAAGUUCCAGCAGCCACUCAUACCAGCGUUCAUGGUGUGGAACGGCAGUUUCUCAGUGGUGACUGGCCUGCAGGUCCCCAGCGUGGUGCAGAGCGGUCAGAGGAAGAACAGCAACACCAGCAGCUCCAACGCCAGCCUCACCUAGACCCGUACACCGAGCACAGCUGGAUGACCCUCCAGCUGUGCUCCACUACAGUCACCACUGCAGACCACAUCACCCCCGCUGCAGCCAAAGCCAUAUCAUGGAAGAGUUACGUCACUGCAGGCUGAUGGUUUAGCCCGGUCCACAUGCUGUGUCUGUGUUGCCAUGACAACAUCAAUGGUUUUGGGCUUGACUUGACUCAGAUUUCUACUGAAGUGUGACUCUGGCUGCUGUGAUUGCUUUUGGGACACUUUAGCUUUAGUCAUGUUAGUUUCUCUCUUCAGAUUCAUUCAGCACUGUCCCGCUGCUGCUAGAGCGAUGAUUUAGCGCUGGCCGCUGCCCUUCCCUCCUUCCUGUCCAUCACCAAAACUUUCAGCCGUACUGUCAAAGCAGCUAGCUGCAGGCACGGGGUCAAGGCCUGUCCUGUGAGCUCUUUCCCUGUGCCUUCCUCCUCAUGCUCCACGCUGACAGGACAACACGCUGUGCAAGUGUCAACUUAACUUGAUAACAAUGCUUAGAUUUAAUAAUCGCAUACAGUUCAUCAACCAACCCGUGUAACCUAAACAACGUGCUACUAGACAAUGCUACUGUAGUUCUUUACUCAAUCAGGAUUUAUUCAACUCGACCUCGCCAGCAACUAAUGAGUCACAAGAAACACGUUGAGGAUGUUGUUUUAGUCUCUUGCAAAGGCAUGCACAACAAACAGUGUGUUUGACUUUCUGUAGUCAGGUUCUAACUGGGUUCUUUAACCUCCUGCUGAGGUUCUGAUUUAAAGGUCACAUAUUCAAAAUCCUCUUCCCCAUGUUCCUCUAACUCUAACAUGUGUCUCUAGUCUGUCUACAAACCCCCCAAUGAUGAGAAAAGUCCAUCCUCUCCGUCUUCUGCCUGCUCCACUUUUCAGAAAAUGUGUGCUCAAACAGGCCGUUUGGAGAUUUCCCCCUUAUGACAUCACAAAGGGCAGUAGCACCUCCCCCAAGUGGGUGACACUCCCACAGCUAGGUGUUUGUUCUGCCCUCUGAGUCUGCCUUCUCACCGUAAACAAUAGGACAUGGAGCGAGAAAGCACCGAGACACCCAAGCACUUCCAGAGAGGGGGCGUGGUCAGACACAGCUCAUUUACAUAUUUAAAGGUACAGACACAGAAACAGCCUGUUCUGAGCAGGGCUGAAAUAGAGGGGUUUAUAGACAUGAUCAAAUACAGGAUCAGAGUGGAUUUAGAACAAGAAACUUCACACACAUGUUUUGAGGAGCUCUGAGACUUAUUUAAACUGAAGAAGAGGAGGAGAAUAUGUGACCUUUAAGUUACAAUCAGCUGUGGACUUUAAUCUGACGGACAGUUAGAGGAGAGUCUUCUUCAGUGUCUCUUCGUGUAGAGGAGUCAUCAAGAGUUCCGAUAUUGCUUCAGAAGUUUGGAUUGUACUGUAUAACAUUAUAUUCACCUGAUUGCACCCUAAUGCUUGUCUGUAAAGUAUGUAUGUGUAUAUACUUAAUCACACGUCUUUAUUUGAUGAACAGGAGUCCCAGUAUUAGUAGUGGACCGUCUGUUGUCCAGUAUAACACACAGCUAGAAGCCUCAGCUAACAAAUUGUAAUAUGAGGGGGUUCCAGGUUUUUGGGACUCUGGAAACUGAUGUUAUGUUGUCCUUGGUUCACCGCCCGACCUCUGUGUCAUACAGUAUGUUACCCUUGUUUACAGUCUUGCUACGCCAUGUUCCUCCACGUGUGAGUGUCUGCUUCUGAAUAACUGUAGCCUGCGAUGCUUCAAAGAGCGGAGAAUUGAGUUCACUUUAUUUCACAUGCUGAUAUCAAGUCAGUCAGUUUAUUGUAAAUAGUUUUCCACUAUAGUGUAUCAGUCACUGAGGUAAUAAAGAAGUAAGAUCA